ACACUUUCACCCAGCGCUACUCCGCUAGCCGGCCCCUGCUAGCAACGAGAACCAACUAAACUAAUGUUACUUAUUUUGAGUGAAGCAGACCUGUGCUCGACUUCAUUGUGGUGGUCUUCGAUGUGCUUCAACCGCACAAACUACUAGUAUCGGUAACCCGCUCGAGGUCGCUACUGGAGUGAAGACAGCCAAGAGGACUAACUACGAAACUGCGCUGCUGUCAACUCUUCUGCGUUCUGGUACUGGUCGCCGGUGCCCGGACUGCCAUUCAUUCAUUCAUCGUCAUGGCUGGUGAAGGGGAGACAUUCUUUGCCCACACGGCUCCAAGUCCCGGUCCCGACACUCCAGAGCUGAAAGUGCUUGAAGUCACCCAUUACAGCAUUGAGUUGAAAUGGUCACCGAUCCCCUAUCAGGCCAAGGCACACCCUGCUGGCAGCCCACCAGGUUGUACUUACUGGGUGGAGAUGAAACCGGAGAACUCGCUGAGAGACUUUCGCAACAUCUACAAGGGUUACGGUACUCAUACUGUCAUUGACGAAGAUCUUGGGGCAGACACACCAUAUCUGAUACGUAUACAAGCUCGCGCUUCAGACGGGGAAGCCGGUCCUUGGAGCGAACCCCCACUCAAGGUCUCAACGGCUGGCCCGCCACUGACGGGACUUGACCUUCUCAAAGCCGUCGAAAACUGCGACCUCGAUGCUAUCCGAUACAUCGUCUCUCAUGGGAUUUCAACGGAGGGUUUGGACACAUUCGGUCACACACCGUUGAUGAAUGCUGCCAGACUGGGAUACGUCGAUGUAAUGGAAAUGCUGCUAGAAUGUGGUGCCGGUGUCAACACUGUCAACAACAUGGGAAGAUCUGCUCUAAUGAUUGCAGCAGUCCACGACAAGAUACACUGUGCCACUCUGCUUUGUUCAAGAGGCGCAUCCCUGAGCUUGCGCGAUAAGAUUGAUACAUACGCAGUCCACUUUGCUUGCGACUCUGGACAGGACACCGUACUGCGCUAUCUGUUAAACAGAGAUCCGGAUCAGCUGGAGGUUCUUGACAAUUCAAAUUGGACACCUCUGAUGCGAUGUGCGGCCAUAAAUGGAAGCCUGCGGGUUGCGUCAACUCUUAUUGAGUUUGGAGCUGAUGUCAAUGCUGCAGAACCGGACUCGCGCAGAACCGUGCUGAUGAUAGCGACAGGUGCAGGUCAUCAUGAGCUGGUGUCUCUUCUGGUCAAGUCCGGUGCCCGUUUGGAGGACACGAGUGCUGGUGGAUGCACGGCAGGAGACAUUGCUGAAUCACUCGGCAGUGUGAUGAUGAAGGCCGCGCUGGCGGACAGCAGGCCCAGCGCAAGCGGCCGACAGCAGAGCCGAUCAAAGUCACGCAAGUAGCAACGGCAUCCUUGACCCGGAGACUGCGCAAACACACACGCGCGCGCAUACCAAGACACGAACACAGGUGUAGCAUCUUUAUGUAUGCAAGGAGCUCCAUAGCCCAGCAAGGUGGGUGGUGGUGUUGAUUGAAAAGUAAAAAGACAGGGGUACUUGUACCAACAUACGCACACAACAAUUCUCAAGUAAGUUCUUUGACAUGACACCAGCUCCAGAGGGGAGCAGGAUAGUUUGAGACGAUAAAUUAAAAAAAUCAGAAGACCAGGUAGAAAAGUGGGUCUCGCGCCGAGACUACAGGUGACAGUUAGUGUGAAUGUCGCCUAUCCAAGCUGAACAUACUGCCGGAUACCGCCGCUCUUGAUCGGAAUAGUGGCGCAUGUAUAGAGAUAGAUCUGUUGGUUGCAUGAAACAUUUUAAUAGUUGCCAGCUUCUUGCGUCAUGUACACAUAGCCAAUAUAAUAUAUAGCAAAGUAAGUCCUGUACACAUAGACAUUGUUAUACUUAUGGCCAAGGACAUAAGUACACCAUCAGUUCUAUUUACAAAGCAAAUUUAGAAUAAUCCUUUUUACAUCUUUUUUUACAAUUUGUACAUGUUUUGACAUCACAGCGAACAGUUUUGUAACUUCAUGUUUGCAAUAUAUACACAGAGCAA